GCUGCAGCUAAGAAAGCCUUCAUCACAGAGAUGCCCUCAUCAUCAGGCCAGCCUGGUCAGGGAAAGAAGAUUGGCCACAGAGGGGUUGAUGCAUCAGGAGAAACUACUUACAAGAAGACCACAUCCUCCGCCUUGAAAGGUGCCAUCCAGCUGGGCAUUGGUUACACGGUGGGCAAUCUAAGCUCCAAGCCUGAGAGAGAUGUGCUGAUGCAGGACUUCUAUGUGGUGGAAAGCAUCUUUUUCCCCAGUGAAGGCAGCAACCUCACUCCAGCUCACCAUUUCCCAGACUUCCGCUUCAAGACAUAUGCUCCUGUGGCCUUCCGUUACUUCAGAGAACUUUUUGGUAUCAGGCCAGAUGACUACCUGUACUCCCUGUGUAACGAGCCUCUGAUUGAACUGUCUAAUCCUGGAGCAAGUGGUUCAGUCUUUUAUGUUACAAAGGACGACGAGUUCAUCAUCAAGACUGUGAUGCACAAGGAAGCUGAGUUCUUACAGAAACUGCUGCCUGGAUACUACAUGAACUUGAAUCAAAACCCUCGCACUUUGCUGCCCAAGUUUUUUGGCCUCUACUGUGUCCAGUCAGGCGGGAAAAACAUCCGCAUGGUGGUGAUGAAUAAUGUCCUUCCCCGCGUAGUACGCAUGCACCUCAAAUACGACAUGAAGGGCUCCACCUACAAGAGGCGUGCGUCAAAGAAAGAGAGGGAGAAGGCUCGGCCCACGUUCAAAGAUCUGGACUUCAUGCAAGACUUACAGGAUGGACUGAUGCUGGACCAGGACACAUAUAACGCACUUGUCAAAACGCUACAGAGAGACUGCCUGGUGUUGGAAAGCUUCAAGAUCAUGGACUAUAGCUUGCUGCUCGGUGUUCACAAUAUGGACCAGGCAGAGAGGGAGAGGCAGAUGGAGGGCUCACAGGGUGACAGUGAUGAGAAGAGGCCCGUGGCCCAGCAGAAGGCCCUCUACUCCACAGCCAUGGAGUCCAUUCAGGGUGGAGCAGCCUGCGGAGGGUCCAUCGACACUGACGACACGAUGGGUGGUAUCCCAGCAGUCAAUGGAAAGGGAGAGAGACUCCUUCUGUACAUUGGAAUCAUCGACAUCCUGCAGUCCUACAGGCUUAUCAAGAAACUGGAGCACACGUGGAAGGCUUUGGUUCAUGAUGGGGACACUGUGUCAGUCCACCGGCCCGGCUUCUAUGCGGAUAGGUUCCUUAAGUUCAUGAGCAACACAGUUUUCAGGAAGAGUUCCUCUCUGAAAUCCUCUCCUUCUAAGAAGGGCCGUGUGUCAUUGAUGGUGCCUAAGUGCGCUGGUCCUGGUGCAGCCUGGUCAGCGAGCCAGCUGCCCUGUGAGAGGGAUGAGAACAUCUACGACCUGAGAGGAGCUCGUAGCUUUCCAACACUGGAGGAUGAGGGGCGGCCAGAUCUUCUUCCAUGUACUCCUCCAUCAUUUGAGGAAGCCACCACAGCGUCAAUCGCCACCACGCUGUCUUCUACCACCUCUCUGUCCAUUCCUGAGAGAUCCCCAUCUGACACAUCAGAACACCCUCGCUACAGGCGGCACACCCAGUCUCUCAGCCAUGAUGUGAGGACCCAGGAGGAGCUGCGUGUGCGUGAGGAGGAUCAGCAGACCAUCACAGUGGAGGUGGAGUUAAAGAGACAUGACAGCGAGCCCACCAUCUCUGUUCCACAGCUUUCACCUGAAACCCGUGAGGUUCAGGAAAUAGUUGGCGCUGAGGCUCCAGACACCGCUGAUGUAGCAGCACCUUCCUCCAGUCCAUCAGUACCUGAGACUGAGGCUGAGGCUGAGGCUGAGGCCUCCUCCUCGUCUGCCCCAGCUGCUACCUCCUCUCCUGGGGAAACAGAGGAAGCACCGUCCAGUCCCAGUUUGGUGGUGAUAGAGGCAGACCGGGCCAGCCAGAUGUCUGGGUCAGGCUGCACCAGCCAGGCUUCAGUCGAUGAUGAUGAAGAUGUGCCAGCCACAGAUAUCUACUUUUUUCCUGAUGGGAGGACCUGGGUGGUCUCUCCUGUCCGACAGAGGAGGAAAUGCCGGUCCAGAAGGACACCUCCAGAGGACAGGACCUGGGUAUACUCUCCGCUACACUAUGGCUCAGAGUCAAAGGCCCUGCCAGAUGGGGAUUGGGAAAGAGAGACAUAAAACGGUGUUCUCCGGCAGAGAGGAGCGAGCUUCUCAGUGGAGAGAGGAUGUCACCGGGUCUGACGUGCAGACCUCAGCAGUAGCAGCAGGAUCUCUGUCUGAACCAGGAUUUUCAACAAACAUGCAGAUGAUGAGGAUGAAGACACUUGAGGAAAAAAGAGACUGACCAAGAGAGGGUUUUGGGGGAUCCUGACAUUAUGACGAUGCCCCCGCCUUCCACCCUUAACAAAAUGAAAAAUAUAUCAGUUUAAUGUUUGUAUGUGUGACAUAGUGCGCAUAAGGCGGUAGUCUUACAUGUUUACAUACAUGAGUAGACUGUAGGUUCUAAUUCAUACAAGCACAGCCCCCUAACAGGCUGUCAAUAGGCUUUUCCACUCAGUUUUCACACACACUUGUGACAUAAGUGAGUAAGUGCCGCUUACUCACUCUGAAUUUCCACUUCAAAUAUUUAAUUGACUCAAUUAGACUGGGCCUCCAUCCAACCUUUUUAAAGCCUACUCAAUUUAAGAAAGUACACAAUUAUAUCUGUUUUGCACAUUAUGUACAAGGGCAGCUAUGUCCUAUGUAAUGAUGCAGCAAAGAGGAUGCAGCACUAAUCAUCGUAUACCUGGGAGAACAGGUGAUUAAAGCAGUCCCGGUCGCUUGUUCCUUUGAAUUUUGCAGAUUAGCUUUGCAUUUUAAAUUGUCCUGAGCCACUUGUGCUGUGAUCGCACAUUCGACCUUGCUCAUGUCAUCAUUAAUUACUUUUUUUAUGCAAAUCAUCAUCAGUAUAUCCACCUCUCCCCAGUGCUUAAUUUAUAAUACAUUUAUUAUUUAAAAUUAUAUUAUAAGAUACAUUUUAAAUGCAAAAUUGAGGAUUAAUGCAGUGGUCUUGUUUUUCCAUCCAGGAUCUAAUAUAUCUAUUAUAUUUAAGAUUUCCAGGAAUGUCACUGGAUUAAAUAUACAGUGACUUUAUUGUUACACGUCAUAGAAAAAGGGUUGUGUAUAUUUAUGUUGUGGUCUUCAGCUUUGAUUAUUUAAGCCUCUCAAGGAAAAAGAACAUUUCCAUGUACAAAUCAAAGUCUUAUCAACUUCAUAACAUUUGUCCUUGCGGUUUUUACCAAACUGGAAACUCAAAAGCUGCUGAUUUCUGAUUGGAUGUUUGUGACCAAAAUGCCCUCAAAGAAUCAUUCUUAAUUCCCCGUUUUACCACUUUUAUGUAGACAUGUGAGUGUUUAUCAAUGAAUCCUGAUAUUUUCUAACACUUUUGUCUAUAUUUUGUACUGAAUGUUCAACCAGGACCAUUUUCUGUCCAUCUAAGCCGUGGAAGUGCUCUUUAUCUUUGCCAGUGAAGAACAUUACUGUGGCUUUAACUUCUGAGGCUGUAGGAGUUUGUGUGAUAGCUCUCACAACCUCACAACUCCCACUUAAAUGUGCAUGUUAGUGUUUUAGAUGACCCCUCCUCGUCACUGUCUGGACAUGCAGUGUGCCACAGAGAGUGAGUGGUCAAGUCCGUGGUGUUAGAGGACUGUGCUUGUGAUCGUAGAACUGGAGUUGCAGUGAUAACCAUCAUUAGACUAAUGAAAAGAGAUCAUCUAAUCAUCGUUACUGUACGUCAUCCUCACAUUCCCAGUAGUUUAGCGUGUAGAGGAGAUAUUUGACAGACAUUUCCUUUAGUCAAAAAACAGUGGUAAGACGUGGUUGGAAUCCAUUAUAGUUUAUAAAUGAUAUCAAAAGUUUUUGCAACUUUUUUUGUUUUUCUGAACAUUUCUUCAGCUUCUUUUUCUUUUCUUUUCUUUUCUUUUUUUACUGUGAACUUUAAAUUAUUUCGUCUGUAUUUUAUUCUUAUAUACACUGUUAUGGUACACCUUUGUUUCCCCUCCAUUUGCAUCCAAAGAAAUUCAGUUUUUGUUGGAUCAUUUUAAGCACUGCAGCUUUUUCUUUGUUUUGUUUUCAUGUUGAGUUUGUUGUGUAUAUUCAGUGUUAACCCUUUUUUUUUCACUACAGCUGAGGAUUAUGACUAUUGCCUUCAAAACAGAAGGCGGUGAUUACAACGUUAAGGCAGCAGACAUUGUUAGUCAGUACAGUAAUGUUCAUGUCUUUACAGUGUCUUCCAUUGUCACCCUACUUUUGGACAAGAUGCACUCAACUGUGUGUGUAUGUAUACAGUAUAUGUGUACAUACAUAUAUAUACAUAUGUAUGUACAAACAUUGAGGGCAAAGCUGUCAUUUGUAUCAAAGGAAUUUCACUUCUUUAGGUGGAAGAAUUAUCAGUGUAACAGUGACAUUUAUCUAUAUUUGGUCAACCUCACCUCCUGAUAGAAAGAAAUCUAUUGAAUGGACAUUUUAAAAAAAAUUGUAGAUGUAGAGCAACAGUUGUAGUGUUUGCGGUCAAUAUCGUACCCGUUAUUUGUAUAUUUGAUUCAACACGGUGCGUUGCGGUGAUGACUUGUUGAGACACGGCGGGUUUGUAAAUGAGUUUAAUGUUGUUUGCACUUAAACCGAGGACCUAAAGAUGAACCAGUGAUAGAGGCCAAAUAAACAUUACGUUAUCGUAGCUUCUUUUCUUUUUCCUUUUGUUGUCAGUAUAUAGGAUCUUCUGCUCACACAGCCUGUUAUUUAGACAGUGUUUACCCUCUGGUGAUCAAGUGUGUGUGUGAUGGUGAAGUUGAUCACAGUCAUUGUAGGGUAAAUGUUUACUGUAGUCACUCUGUGAUUCUAAAGGUACAGUGUGUAAAACUGAGUAGCAUUUGUUGGUGAAGUAGUAUCCCUCACCUCAGCCUUCCCUUUCAAAUGUGUGGAAGGUUAACCUAUGUAGCCUUCAGAAAACUCGUCAAAACUCUAAACAUGUUUAGUUUGUCCAUUGUGGGCUACUGUAAAAACAUGGUGGUCCAAAAUCAGGUCAUUGUACACUUAUUUUAUCUUCAAUUACUGCCAAAUGAAAAUGAUUUCACCUAAAUUUGACACACUGUACCUUUAAGUUAAAGCUGCUUUAUCCAAGCUAAUUCCAGAAAGUGUUUUGUUUUGUUUUUUCUUGUUCACAUGUGUGUUUGUGUGUGUGUGUGUAAAGGGAGGACACAUCACUCAGAAAAAAGAACAUGAACAUUUAAGCAAACUUUAAAAGAAAGAAAAGAAACCUUCACUUGGUAACAGUCACAUGAACCAAGUUCAUUUAAACUAAAGUUGGCAAGUUAUAUGAUGACACAACAGGCUAACUUUAGUUAGAACUGAUACAUGUAGGUGUUACCAUUUGAAGUCAUUUUUUUCAGUGCAGUGUCACACGGUGUAAAAUAGAAAUCAGCUCAUUGUCAUGAUGUGCAGUGGCCAGUUGUUAUCAGUUUGCUGUCGUUCAUCACAUGGAGACCAUAGCAGCAAUAUUUUGUACAGUCUUGCUUUUGAGUUCAUUUUAAUUGCCUUAUUGAGAGAUUUUACACGUAGAUCCAUUGUUGCUAUAUUUUUUUUUCUCUCCACGUGUUGUUGUAUUUAUUUCCUUUGUCAUAGUUGUGCUCCCGAGAAUGUGUACAUAAAAUUAUAAAUACAUAUAUAAAGAUAUACAAAUAUAUUUUCCAUUUGAAUUGGAGAAUAUUAUUUUUAUUUGGUUUUAUUUUUGCUGCUGGGCAAGAAAUGAUUGCAAUCUACAUAAUUUCCUGUAUCAUACUCUUCAGUGUGUUUAUUGAGAUGCAGCUGCUGUAUAUUUAUGUUCUAUAAACUACAGCUGUUUCUUUGUAAGAUAUCUCAAACAUGGAAAAGAAUUUUAGGUUAUACAUGUACAUGCAAAUCAAUAGGGAUUCUUCCAACUGUUCAGCUGUGUUGUGUAUGUGUUUUCAAUUCACCGUGUGCCCUCAUCCGAUAGGGAGAGUCCUUUACAGAGACAUAGCAUGAUUUCAAAAACAAAUAUGCAUAUCAGAAAUGUGUAUUUAUGUAUAUCUGUGUAUAUUCAUCUAUUUAUACGUGAGGAUAAAUAGAUGGUUGUAUGUGUGUGCGUGUUUGGACUCAAUCAGAAUGAAAACAAAAUAAAGCAGUUCUAUGAAUUGUUGUCCAUGGACAUGUCA